AUGGCCGACGAAAAGACCCCGCGAGCCAGCAAUGAGCCGGCGACGGAGAAGAAGGGCGCAGAGGAUGUAGAGGCGGGCCAGUCGGGCCUGACGCGAUCUUUGCAGGGUCGUCAUUUGCAGUUCAUCGCCAUUGGUGCUACCUUUGGCACUGGCUUGUUCCUCGGAACCGGUGCUGCCCUAGCCAAGGCCGGUCCGGCUUCGCUACUCAUCGGCUUCGUCUUCAUUGGUCUCGUCGUUUACUCCGUCAUGGUUGCCCUCGGUGAGAUGGCUGCCUACAUGCCUGUUGCUGGUGCCUUCACUGUCUAUGCGAGCCGCUUUGUUGAUCCUACCUUGGGCUUUGCCAUGGGCUGGAUCUACUGGUUCAGCUGGUCCAUUACCUUUGGUCUCGAACUUACAGCUGCCGGUCUCAUCAUCCAAUACUGGACGCAGGCUGUCAACAUUGGUGUCUGGAUUGCCAUCUUCUGGGUCAUCUUCACUGCUGUCAACUUCUUCCCCGUCAGGUACUUUGGUGAGAUGGAAAUGUGGUUCUCUAGCAUCAAGGUCGUGACCGUGAUUGGUUUCAUCAUCUUCGGCAUGUGUAUUAAUGCCGGCGCUGGAGACCAGGGCUAUAUUGGCUUCAGGUACUGGACGUAUCCUGGUGCCUUUGCAGAGUACGUCGUGUCGGGCGCCUCUGGCAAGUUUGUCGGCUUCUGGUCCGUCCUGAUCACGGCUGGCUUCAGCUACCAGGGAUCCGAGCUUGUCGGUAUUGGUGCUGGCGAGACCGAGAAUCCUCGCAAGGCCAUUCCCCAGGCUAUACGGUGGACUUUCUGGGGCAAUUUCGUCCUCUUCGUUGGCACCGUCUUCUUCAUCGGAAUCAACAUUCCCUAUGACAACGCCGACUUGCAGAGCACGGCUCAGAAUGCCUCUGCCUCGCCUCUCGUCAUUGUUGCCAAGCUUGCCGGCGUCCAGGUCCUUCCCGAUAUCAUCAAUGCCGUCUUGUUGACUGCCGUGCUUUCGGCCGCUAGCUCCGACGUUUAUUCCAGCACUCGCAUUUUGUACGCCCUUGCUGACGAAGGCCUGGCCCCGGCCGUCUUCAAGAGGACCAACCGAUACGGCACCCCGUACUGGUCCGUCGCCUUCUGCUCACUGCUCGGUUUGCUCGCCUUCCUCAACUUGUCGCAGAGUGGCGAGACUGUUUUUACCUGGCUCUUGAACAUCACAGCUGUUGCUGGUUUUAUCGUAUGGGCUCUCAUCAACGCCUGCCAUUUGCGUUUCAUGAAGGUUCUUCAAAGUCGCGGACAGCCUCGCUCGUCGCUACCCUAUGUUGCUCCAUUCCAGCCUUAUUUGUCCUGGUUCGGUCUGUUCUUCAACAUUUUGAUCCUCUUGACCAGUGGAUUCACCGUCUUCAUCAAGUGGAACACGAGCGACUUUUUUGUCAAUUACGUCAGUAUCCUGCUCUUCAUUGUCUUGUACCUUGGUCACAAGGUUGUGUUCCGCACCAAGAUGAUCAAGAUUGAGGAUAUUGACCUCACUAUGGGGCGUACCGAGAUUUAA